AUGGUGGAAAUCAAAGAUAACAGAGAUUUGUUGAAAACCAAAUUACAUGGGAUCUUUAUCCCUGUAGCUUUGUUAUUGAUUGGACCAGGGAUCAUGGGAUUGCAAUAUAUUAAAUAUGGUGCCAUGUUAGCAAUUGUUUUAUGUUCAAUUAAUUUCUAUGAAGCCUGGCAAAGAGGGAAAACAAUUGAUAGUGUUAAAUGGAGAGAUUUAGAAUUAAUUGAUAAAACCAUUGUAUCUAAGAAUACUGCAAUUUAUAGAUUCAAAUUAAUUCAUGAUGAUGAAAUUUUAGAUAUCCCAACUGGUCAUCAUUUAGCUUGUACUUUUAAUAUUGAUGGUAAAGAUGAAAUCAGAUAUUAUUCACCAAUUUCCAAUAAAUAUGAUGCUGGAUUUUUUGAUAUCUUAGUAAAGAGUUAUCCUAAUGGGAAAGUUUCCAAAAGGUUUGCAAUGAUGAAAGAAGGUGAAGGACAAACUGUUAAAUUCAGAGGACCUGUUGGUAGAUUACAAUAUGAAACCAAUAUGGCUAAUGAAAUUGGUUUGAUAGCUGGUGGUUCAGGUAUAACUCCUAUUUUACAAGUUAUUACCAGAAUUAUCACUACUCCUGAAGAUAAUACCAAAUUAUCUUUAAUCUUUGCUAAUGAUACCGAAAAUGAUAUCUUAUUAAAAGAAGAAAUUGAUCAAAUUACUGAAAAAUAUCCAAAUUUGUCUGUUCAUUAUACUUUAGUUGAUCCACCAGCUAACUGGAAAGGUGAAGUUGGAUAUGUCUCAAAAGAAAUGAUCCAAAAAUAUUUACCUAAACCAAUAGGUGAUAACAGAUUAUUCAUUUGUGGACCACCAGAAAUGAAGAGAUCUUUAAUUGAUAUCACUCAAGAAUUAGGGUGGCCUGCAACUACUAUGAAAUCAGAUCCUCAAGAUAAAGUUUUCUGUUUCUAG